CAUUCCCCUCCUCGUGCCUCCUCUACUAUCGCUAGAAAAGUCGCUCGGGCGAAAAAAAAGUCCGAUUGAUCGACCUACGGACUAACAAACUUUCUCCUAACACCAAUACCUCGAAGAAAUGGAGCUGGGAUUAUGGAAUUAAAGCCCGGAGCGCUUGCGAUGGAGAUUUUAUUGCUGGAACUGCUGCUUUGUUGUAGUCUGACGGUGAUUCGCGGGUCUCCUCUGCUGCUUUUCGCCAACCGGCGGGAUGUCCGGCUGGUGGACGUGGAGGUGGGCCGAUCAGAGUCGGCAGUGGUGGUCAGUGAUCUGGAGGACGCGGCCGCAGUGGACUUCCUCUUCUCGGAGGGCCUGAUAUUCUGGACAGACGUCAGUGAGGAGGCCAUCAAACAGACCUACUACAACCUCUCUAUGAACUCUAUGAAGGAGGCCGCGCUGGGCAAAGGGCAGACGGUGGUGGUUUCAGGUCUGGAUUCUCCCGAUGGCUUGGCCUGCGACUGGCUGGGACACAAACUGUACUGGACUGACUCGGAGACGAACCGCAUCGAAGUGGCCAAUUUGGACGGCACCUCCCGAAAGGUGCUCUUCUGGCAAGAUCUGGACCAGCCCAGAGCGAUUGCGCUAAACCCGUCUCAUAGGUAUAUGUAUUGGACCGACUGGGGAGAGGAGCCAAGAAUAGAGAGAGCUGGAAUGGAUGGCAGCAAUCGACAAAUCAUUGUCCAGAAGCAGAUCUACUGGCCCAACGGACUCACCAUUGACCUGGACGAGCAGAAACUCUACUGGGCUGAUGCCAAACUCAGCUUCAUCCACAGAGCCAACUUAGAUGGAACUUCUCGGGAGGCUGUGGUGGAGGGUUCCCUCACCCACCCGUUUGCCCUCACCCUUUACGACGAAACGCUCUACUGGACCGACUGGCAGACCCGAUCCAUCCACGCCUGCAACAAACACAGUGGAGAGAAGCGCAGGGAAAUUCUCAACAGCAUUUACUCGCCGAUGGACAUCCAGGUGCUCGGCCAAGAGCGCCAGCCCAACAUUCAAACUCCAUGCAGUGAAAGAAACGGAGGCUGUUCCCACCUGUGUCUCCUCUCCCCCGUUCCUCCCUUUUACAGCUGCGCUUGUCCAACAGGGGUUAAACUCAAAGAGGACGGAAAGACUUGUCGACCAGGAGCAGAACAGGUGCUUUUACUUGCUCGUCGCACUGAUCUUCGGCGGAUAUCCUUGGACUUACCUGACUUCACAGAUAUCGUCCUUCAAGUCAAUGAUAUUCGUCACGCAAUUGCCAUUGAUUAUGACCCGGUGGAAGGAUAUGUCUACUGGACGGACGAUGACUUGAGGGCCAUACGGCGUGCCCGAAUUGAUGGAAGUGAUGCCCAGACUUUGGUCACCAAUGAGAUCAAUCACCCUGAUGGAAUUGCUGUGGAUUGGGUGGCGCGAAACCUCUACUGGACGGACACUGGCACAGAUCGCAUUGAGGUGACCAGACUCAAUGGCACUUCUCGGCGGGUCCUCAUAUCUGAGAACCUGGACGAACCACGAGCCAUUGUAUUGGAUCCCAUAAAUGGAUAUAUGUAUUGGACUGAUUGGGGGGAGUUGCCCAAAAUUGAACGAGCUAACCUAGAUGGCACGGACCGGGUUGUGCUUCUCAACACUUCUCUUGGCUGGCCGAAUGGUUUGGCUAUAGACUAUGUAGCCGGAAAGCUUUACUGGGGUGAUGCCAAGACAGACAAAAUUGAGGUCAUAAAUGUGGACGGCACCAACAGGAUGACUAUUCUGGAGGACAAACUGCCUCAUAUCUUUGGUUUUACGCUGCUGGGGGAGUACAUCUACUGGACGGACUGGCAGAGGAGGAGCAUCGAGAGAGUUCACAUCACCAACUCCACUCGAGAGGUGAUUGUGGAGCAGCUGCCCGACCUCAUGGGCCUCAAAGCCACCAAAGUCAUGGAAGCUGAAGGCACCAACGGCUGUGCCGAAAACAACGGCGGCUGCAGUCACCUGUGCUUCCACCGGCCGCAGGGUCUGAGCUGCGCCUGUCCCAUGGGCCUGGAGCUGCUGAGCGACCUGCGCACCUGUGUGGUUCCUGAAGCCUUCCUGCUGUUCACCAACCGUGCCGAUAUUCGCAGCAUCUCUCUGGGCACCAACAGCAAUGACGUGCCCAUCCCGCUGACUGGGGUCAAAGAAGCAUCCGCACUGGACUUCGACGUUUUGGAGAACAGAAUCUACUGGACCGACGUCAGCACCAAGACCAUCAGCAGAGCGUUCAUGAACGGCAGCUCGGUUGAACCCGUCAUCGAGUUUGGUCUGGACUAUCCUGAGGGAAUGGCAGUGGACUGGAUGGGCAGAAACCUCUACUGGGCAGAUACUGGCACCAACCGCAUUGAAGUGGCCCGUCUGGACGGCCAGUACCGGCAAGUGCUGGUCUGCAAAGAUCUGGAUAACCCUCGAUCGCUCGCUCUGGAUCCUGCCAACGGGUACAUGUACUGGACUGAAUGGGGAGGUCGACCCAGGAUUGCUCGCGCUCACAUGGACGGCAGUAACAUCGUGACUUUGGUGGAUAAAGUGGGACGAGCAAACGGACUGACCAUUGACUACAUUGACCAGCGGCUCUACUGGACAGACCUGGACACCUGCAUGAUAGAGUCCACAAACAUGCAAGGUCUACAGCGAGAGAUCGUGGCUGAUGAUCUUCCUCAUCCUUUCGGCUUGACGCAGUAUCGUGACUACAUCUACUGGACGGACUGGAACCUGCGCAGCAUUGAACGGGCCGACAAGCGCAGCGGCUUGAACCGAACGGUGGUGCAGGGACAUCUGGAGUAUGUCAUGGAUAUCCUGGUUUUCCACUCCUCCAGGCAGGAUGGUGCCAAUGAUUGUUCACAAAACAACGGCCAGUGUGCCCACCUGUGUCUGGCAUCCCCCUCUGGAGCCCAGUGCCGAUGCGCAUCCCACUACACUCUGGAGGCCAACGGACGCAACUGCAGCUCGCCCUCUAGUUUCCUGCUGUUCAGCCAGAAGAGCUCUAUCAGCCGAAUGGUUCUAGGUGAACAGAGUCCAGACAUGAUUUUACCUAUUCAUGUGAUGAAGAACCUGCGCGCCAUCAGCUUCGACCCUUUGGAGCGACUGGUCUACUGGGUGGACGGACGCCAAAACAUCCGCAGAUCCAGAGAUGAUGGCACUCAGGCCUCCACAGUGAUGACCCCAGACAGCCUUCACCCCAAGCAGCCUCAUGACCUCAGUCUGGACCCGUACAGCCGCACCGUUUACUGGACCUGCGAGACCACCAACACCAUCAACAUCCACCGCAUGGAUGGGCACGUCAUUGGAGAGGUGCUGAAGGACGAUGUGGACAAGCCACGUGCUAUAGUGGUGAAUGCAGAGAAAGGCUACAUGUAUUUCACUACUGUUCAGGAGCGUUCAGCUAAAAUUGAAGGUGCUUCUUUGGACGGGACGGAGCGCGAAUCUCUGUUUACGACCAGUUUGAUCCGGCCUGUGGCUCUUGCUUUGGACAAUAAGCUGGGGAAGCUGUUUUGGGUGGAUGCAGAUCUGAAACGCAUCGAGAGCAGCGACCUGUCUGGCGCGAAUCGGAUCGUUCUCCAGGACUCAAACAUCCUCCAGCCUGUUGGUUUAACUGUUUUGGGGGAUCACCUGUACUGGAUCGACAAACAGCAGCAGAUGAUCGAGCGCGUGGACAAGCUGACUGGAGAGAAGAGGACCCGCAUUCAGGGCCGACUGCAGUACCUGACCGGCAUCCACGCAGUGCAGUACAUGGAGACAGACGAGUUUGCCACACACCCGUGUUCCCGUGACAAUGGAGGCUGUUCGCACAUCUGCAUUGCUAAAGGUGACGGGACACCUCGCUGCUCCUGUCCCAUGCAUCUGGUGCUGCUUCAAAACCUGCUCAGCUGUGGAGAGCCUCCCACCUGCUCGAGUGAGCAGUUUACCUGCGCUACCGGUGAGAUCGACUGUAUCCCGAUGGCGUGGCGCUGUGACGGCAUCGCUGAAUGUGCAGACAACAGUGACGAGAUGAACUGUCCCAUCUGCUCCGAACUGCAGUUUCAAUGUGACAAAGGCCAGUGUGUGGACAUUCAGCUGCGCUGCAAUGGAGAGCCCGACUGCGCAGACGGCUCCGAUGAACAGGACUGUGAAACCAUUUGCUUGUCUAAUCAGUUCCGUUGCGGCAACAGCCAGUGUAUUCUGAAGAAACAGCAGUGUGACUCCUUCCCAGACUGCACUGAUGAGUCUGACGAGCGUUUCUGCGACUUCCCACCACCACCCAACGAUCUUCCACGUCACACCAGCACCAUCGGCCCAGUCAUCGGCAUCAUCCUCUCCGUCUUCGUAAUGGGCGGCAUGUGUUUCGUGUGCCAGAGAGUCGUGUGUCGUCAUUACAAAGGCCCCAAUGGAGGAUUUCCACACGAGUACAUCAGUGGGACGCCUCACGUGCCUCUCAACUUCAUCGCACCCACAAACUCACAGCAUGGCACUUUUACAGGGAUAUCAUGUGGGAAGUCAAUGAUGAGCUCAGUGAGUCUGAUGGGCAGCAGCAGCAGUGGAGCUCCUCUCUAUGACAGAAACCAUGUAACAGGAGCUUCAUCCAGCAGCUCUUCCAGCACCAAAGGAGCUUUUUACCCACAGAUGCUCAACCCUCCGCCAUCACCAGCAACGGAUCGCUCGCUUUACAACGCAGAAGUUUUUUAUUCAUCUAACAGCCCGUCAACAACCAGGUCUUACAGACCAUAUUUGAUGCGAGGGGUCGCGCCCCCCACCACCCCCUGCAGCACAGACGUGUGCGACAGCGACUACACCACCAGCCGCUGGAAAAGCAACAAGUACUACAUGGACCUCAAUUCAGACUCUGACCCCUACCCUCCACCCCCGACCCCCCGCAGCCAGUACAUGUCAGCAGAGGAGAGCUGUCCACCUUCACCCUCCACCGAGCGCAGCUACUUCCACCUGUGUCCUCCGCCCCCCUCGCCCUGCACAGACUCCUCAUGACACCCGGCCACCUGCUGCCCUCUGUAAAUACUUUUAAAUAGCUCCAAAAAGAAGACACUAAAGAUUUUAUUUUAUUUUCCCACACACACACACACACGUGCUUUUGUUCGAAUAACAUUUCAGCUUUUCAGAAGAGGAACAGGAUAUUUUCGGCCUCAGUUUUAGAUGUACAGUGGACGUGAUUGGACGAGUGAAUUAUAUUAUGACAAUAUUUUUUAUAUAUAUAAUUCCCUCCCGACUACCAGCGCUUCAUUAUGUCACAAUACGAGCAUAUCGAUUCGGUGUGAUUUUUAUUUACGCUUAAUAUGAAUUCAAAAGGAGUUAAAUCGCAAACCAAAUCAGAACGCCAAAAUCAUCCACUGCUGCGGAGUUGUACAUACAUGUAAUUAAGUAAAUAUUUCGUUGUUUUUGGCCACAAGGUGUUGUUUUGAUUGUUUUUAUGUGAAUAUGAUACGAUUCCAAGCAUAUGUUUGGUUUGUCCUGUUUACCAAAAGUGUGUUUGCUGCUAUUGUACAUACCUAUUGUACUGUAAAUAAUGACGAAUGAAAACAGCCAGCUAAAAUGUUUUGUUUAUAUAAUGACAACUGACCGUAGACCAUUGUAAAAUUAUUAUUAUUAUUAUUAUUAAUCUCUCAUAGCAAAAAAAAAAAAGAUCUUAAGCGUCGGUUUUGUGUAUAGUCAUAUUUGAAUAUACAUGUGAAAUGCCAUUAUUUUUGAAGGAGAUAGUAUCUUGUUUGAACUCACGUCUUAAAGAGAUAGUGUCACUGAAAAUGAAAAUCGUGUCAUUGGAGAUGCGUAUGACUUCUUUUUGUGUGUAAAACAUUAAAGGAGACGUUUGGCAGAAUGUUCAAGCUGCUCUUUUCUGCGAUGAAAUCGAAUGAGGGCCAGACAGCAAGUCAAAGUAUUCUGAAACCAUAUAAGAACUCGUGGUCACACUUUAUUUUGAUGGUUUGUUGAAUUGCAUCUACAUGCCAACUAAUUCUCAUUAGAUUAUAAGUAGACUGUUAGUGUAAGUUGACAUGUACUUGCAAAGUUACUUAUAGUCAGUUAAAUGCAGCAGUAUCAACAGAUAUUAAGCAGAGAGUCUACUAAUACUCAAGUGGAACAUCAAAAUAAAGUGUUACCCUUAAAGAUUUAUUCAUUAAUUAAAUGUCUUACGUUUUGGUCACUUUUAUUAUAUAAAAAAGAGCAACUUAAACAUUCUUAUAAACAUCUCCUUUUACCUUAUACGAGUUAAGCAUUUCAGACGAUAUAAGAGUGAACUAUCCCUUUAAGAAAGCAUCGUUUUAUUUAGUAAACAAAUAAUUCUAGUAAUAAUAAUACAGUUAAACUAAGCUAUGAUUGGAACAUGAGGAUCUGUGGUUAAUUUUACCAUAAUACUAUGGUAACAGAUGCAUUUUUUUAUUUAGAAAAGUGUGGAUCUAUUUUUCUUUUUGUCUGCUAAAGUUUAAGCAUCGAACUGUAUUUCCCUCUUCUAAUACUAAUUCGACAGCAAGGUUUAUUUUAUUUAGGUUCAAACAUUUGUAGCUCACAUUGAAAUGUCUGUUUGAUCGAAACAAUCUUAAAAUGUUCUUGUUUUUCUUUGCCAAAAUGAGCACUUAUGGAAAUCACACACGCGUAAACACUAGAAUUAUAGUAUUAGGAUACAAACUACAAGAUUAAAUGAGUUUUAAUCUUAACUCAGAUUAUGUUAGUUGUGUUUUGACAGAUAGCCAUGCAAAAGAAGACAAAACUGUCUUUCAAUUCAAUUUUAGUUGUGAUUUUAGACUCAACAAAGACCAGCUGAACUUCAAAUGAUUUCAUUUCAUUACAUUUCCCUUGAGGUAACAGAUUUUUCUGCCAUAAAUGUGACUGAAUGGAGUUUUUCUGGAUUUUUAUACCACUUUAGCAGAUCUGGAGUUUGAGCGCAUCUGUCUAGACUCUAGAUUGUACCAUCCACUCAAAGCCGAGAUGCUUUUGCUAUUCGGUGCAGCACCAAUGUCUUUGUUUUGUGUACAAAAAUGCCUCAUAUAAUGCACAUUUGUGACAAUUUUUGUAUCAAAAGCAUUUUUAUAUAUAAUAAAGGUUCUAUUUUAAGAAA